CGGCGGAAGCGGCGGGGGUUGUCCCGGUAACCCAACGCCGGGAAGGCUGCGGGGGCCGCGGCCAUGGGCGAGCUGGGCCCGGACGAUGGGGCCGGCAACACCUACAGCCUUCGGCCCGGCCUCCAGCACCGAUUUAAAUCGUCCUCAGUAAAAGAAUGCAUCCAUGCGAUACUGAAGGAGAAGCUGGCCAAUGUACAGUACAACCCAGAGGAAAUGCCUGAGCUUACAAAGUCCUUAUCAGAGACAAUAAAAGACAGACUGAAAGAGGAGGGAUUUGACAGGUACAAAAUGGUGGUGCAGGUUGUGAUUGGAGAACAGAGAGGAGAAGGAGUGAACAUGGCCGCGCGAUGUUUCUGGGACGCUGACACUGACAGCUGUGCUCACGACGUGUUCAUGAAUGACAGCCUGUUUUGUGUGGUAGCUGCAUUUGGCUGCUUCUACUAUUGAAGGUGGCAAACAUUGCACAGAGGGACAGAGUUGGAGGAGAAAGCUUUGCUUUGGGGUAUUUUUUGUUAAAGUGCACUAAAGCAUCAUGUUCUUCCUUUAGUACCUAAGAAAAUAACAGCUAUACAAAGCACGUCCUACACCUGGUCUACACACUACAACAUUCCUUAUUCCUUGUGGAAAUCAAUAGAGCUUUAAGCAGAAUAUUAUUAUGUCCUUUAUUUAAAUGGCCCCUUGUUUUUUAUGUAGUAUGUUGGUUUUGUCCUAAAAGUGUAUUGUUUCUAAGACAAACUAAACUUUUGUCUUGAAAGGGUUCUGUUACUUUCAUUUUUAUGAAAUUAAUUGAAUAUUUAUAAGAAAAGAAACAUAAUAAAUCUAUGUAUUUAA